GGGAACUCAGGGAUGCGAAAGAGGUUGGGAGGGAGGAAAGUAGGUCAGGGGUUUGUAUGAAGACGCGAAUGUAGAUAAAUAAGUAGACGCCUUCUUCGGCGGCAAUUCUCAUUAAGAGGGGUGAUAGAUGGACAGGUCCUCUACAUAUGUCAUAGAGACAGACUAUCCCGUCUAUCUUCUUUAUAAACUAGGUACCUAGUUAUAGUCAACUUUCUUUAUCAAACACACCCCCCGCCACCAUGUCAACGACACAGACCUCGCUCGCCGAGGCAGAGGUCUACCCCAUGACGGAGCUCCGCCGUCCUCCGUCCAAAGACGCGGAAGCUUCGCCCGCGGAAGACGUCCCGGCCGAUGUAGGUAUCGCUAGAAGCGAGCCCGCGACGCCGUUUCUUAAGUUGGUCGUUGCGGGGUACUCGUUCUUCUGCGCCGGGGUUAACGACGGCACGCUGGGGCCUUUGAUCCCGUAUAUUAUUUCUAGCUUCGGGAUUGGUACGGGCGAGAUUGCUAUCAUCUACGGAACUACCUUCGCCGGCUGGCUCCUAGCCGCCGUUACUAACCCCAUCAUGACGGCACACAUGACUCUCGGGCAACUCCUCGGCGUCGGCGCCGUGCUGCAGCUACUAGCGCAUUGUCUGCGGCCGUGGAGCCCGCUGCCCCUUUUCUGCAUCACGUUCUUCUUGCAGGCGCUCGGCAUGGCGUACCAGGACUCGCACUCGAACACGUUCGUCAGCGGGCUCAAGAACGUGCCGCAUCGCUGGCUUAGCUUUAUACACGCAUGCUACGCCCUAGGCUGCUUCAUCGGCCCGCUCAUCGCCACCGCCAUCGCCACGAGCACCAACACCAUGGCCAUCGACGGCUGGAAGCGCGUGUACUUGGUAUUAAUCGGGAUCUCGGUCCUAAACGUGGCCGGCGUGGCCGUCGCUUUUCGGGACUCGCUCUGGAGCCGGUUGAACGGCGCCACCACUACCACCACCACCACCGCCACCACCGCCACCACCACAGACACAGCCCCACGACAGAAACGCAACCGCGCCGCUAUGACGGACAUGGCCCGCCUGCUCCAGUCCAAGACCCUCUGGCUGAUCAGCAUGUUCUACUUCUUCGAGCUAGGCGCCAACUUCACGGCCGGCGGCUGGGUCGUCGAGUUCUUGACUACCGUGCGCGGCGGCCACCUCUCGGCUAUCGGGUACGUGCCGACUGGGUUUUACGGCGGGAUGUUGGCGGGUAGGUUGCUGUUGGCCGAGCCGACGUUUCGGUAUGGCGAGCAGCGCAUGUUGCUGGCGUAUAGCGUGCUGUGCGUUGCGCUGCAGCUUGUGUUUUGGCUGCAGCCGAAUAUUGUUGGGAGCGCGGUGGCGCUGAGUUUUAUCGGGUUCUUUACUGGGCCGUUUUUUGCUACUGGCAUGUCAGUCGCUUCGAAGCUCUACCCUCGGGAAUCACAGCCCGCCGCUCUGGGUUUUAUCUUCGUACUCGCGCAAGCCGGAGGCGCUCUGUUCCCCUCCAUUACGGGUUUAAUAGCGACGAACGCAGGCGUAGCUGUAUUGCAGCCCAUCGUAUUAGCGCUGUUCGUUGUCGGCGGAAUCAGCUGGUGGCUCGUACCGAAGGUGCCGCAACGAAACGAAUAGGAUCAUAUUGAUAUACUUCUACGGAUGUUGACACUCGAAGAGCGUAGGAUAUAGCCGAGGAGCAUAGGAGGACAAGGGGGAUCUAGCCGAUAACGCCUUAGGACUAGUUUUAAGCCGCAUAUAUACCAAUCUUUAUAUUAAGAUAAAUAUAGACUAUGACCUUAUUAAUGUCGUCCUCUAUAAGCUGCCUCCUAGA